CUUGGAGUGUUUUUAACAUGCGACUAUUUCUCACAAAUAACCAAACCAGAAUCAAAGAACCAACUUCAACAUAUUAUUAUAUCACUCAUUAUUUGCUUUAGUUGCCCAAAAAAUAAAAUGUUUGCGAUCGCUUAAAUGUUUAUAAUGGUCUUUGAUUUCAGUCCAAUGUGUAACAACUAACUUAUACUGUAUAACUUACGAAUCUGACUUAAAUAUAUAACACAAAUUUCUUUGGUAAAAACACAAAUGUGUAAGUAAAAAAAUGAAAAAAGAAAAAGAAAGAAGUGAGUGAGAAGAGAGUGCAAGUAUAUAUAAAAGAAGCACCGCCCUAAUCCACCAUUCACAACAAUGACAUUCAAACACUCUUCAGUCUCCCUUUCUUCUUGAUUCGUCCUCUCCAAAUUUUUUCCAAUUUCUUUAAUCUCUCUCUUUCUCUCUCUAUUUCUGCUUCUUCUUCUUCUAUGGACCCUUUAGCUUCCCAACAACACCACCACCACCAUCUUGACGAUACUGACCAAACCCUAACCCACAAUAAUCCUCAAUCCGAUUCCACCACCGACUCAUCAACCUCCUCCGCUCAACGCAAACGCAAAGGCAAAGGUGGUCCUGACAACUCCAAAUUCCGUUACCGUGGCGUUCGACAAAGAAGCUGGGGAAAAUGGGUCGCCGAGAUCCGAGAGCCACGUAAGCGCACUCGCAAGUGGCUUGGUACUUUCGCCACCGCCGAAGACGCCGCACGUGCCUACGACCGAGCCGCCGUUUAUCUCUACGGGUCACGUGCUCAGCUAAACUUAACCCCUUCUUCUCCUUCCUCCGUCUCUUCAUCUUCCUCCUCCGUCUCCGCCACUUCUUCUCCUUCCACCUCCUCUUCCUCCACUCAAACCCUAAGACCUCUCCUCCCUCGCCCCGCCGCCGCCACUGUCGGAGGAGGAGCUACCUUUGGACCGUACGGUAUCCCUUUUAACAACAACAUCUUCCUUAAUGGUGGGACCUCUAUGUUAUGCCCUAGUUAUGGUCUUCUUCCUCACCAACAACAACAACAACAAAAUCAGAUGGUCCAAGUGGGACAAUUCCAACACCAACAGUAUCAGAAUCUUCACUUUAGUACUAAUAAUAAUAAGAUUGGCGAGAUGGAGCUCACUGAUGUUCCGGUUGUUAAUUCCACUUCGUUUCAUCAUGAGGUGGCGUUAGGGCAGGAACAAGGAGGAAGUGGGUGUAAUAAUAUUAAUAAUUCGAUGGAGGAU